UCCCUCCUAUUCCCUGGCGUUCUAACAGUUACCGUUACUGUUCCCAAGUUCCCAAGUUCCCAACAAGUCGAGAGCUGGUUUCUUUUAGUGCUAUUCUUCUAGUGCUACAGUACAUAUUGUCCCAUCGCCAAGCGUACCGUAUUAUUCCUACGCGACGCAAAUCUUCAAGCUGUUUGUGACCCUGCAAAGCCCUGUAGGGUCACCAUCGCCACCCGUUAAGGAUUGGACUGCAAGCCCGCGCCACCAUCCCUGUCCCUGUUCAGGCCAAGUUGGUGUCGCCAUUGUGCCUUGUCACUUUCCCCUAAUAGGCCCCUCCUUUCGCAGUAGGACUUUUUUUUCUGCCGCGGGCCCAUAUUCAAUACCCACCAGCGAAAGCGUCGGCCGCCUUUUCUCCUCCCCACUACCCACCACCCACUUCUCUUCCUUCUUACCAUUCUUCUCGACCGCUUAUUCUUUUACUAUUCCUCUACGUUUGCUGUCUUCUACCGUCGACUCAUUCCUCCCCUUAUUUUAAUUUUUACCUCUUCUACCUAAUCUUCGUCGACCGGUAAUUUUCUCCCACCAUCAUCUCCGACUACUAUGUCUAGAAGACCAGCACCGUCCGGCAGCAGCAAUGCCUUACCCCCUCAAAAUCGCCAGAAUGAGUACUUCGUCCCCAGAGAUGGCAUCGACCGUGAAGUUAUCACUGCCGACAUCUGUCGUUACCUUGGAAACGACGCUCUCGUUCGGCCCGGCACGUACGAGAAUCCUCAGAGCGGUCAGAUCAUUCAGGGCUACUACAUAAACGCCUACCGUAACUUAACGACGGCUAUGAUUGAAGACCUGAAGGCAGAUUCCGCACGAUGGGAUCAAGAAAGGCGGCAGCAAUCGGCGAGCCGUAAUAACGCCGCCGCCGGAGGUACUAUUGCCUCGAGAGAUUCGAAUGGCUCUUAUGUCAGACUCUCUAACUCCCCUAUAGUCCAGUACCGCAAUUCGGACACGCAUCAGUCCCGCCAAUACUAUGGACCGACUGAAGCCGGAUUUGCAGCGGGAACCCCGAAUCGCGACCCGUAUGGUGAUGCUACACCCAGAUAUCCAGGAACCGGUUCCGCAGGCUACACGGGAGCCGCUGGCUCCUACACGGCCCAGCAAUAUCCUCAGGGUGGGUACAGCACUCAACAAGGAUAUACUACCCAGGGAUCGCAAUUCCAGCCCCCGUCUGCAAGUGUGACUUAUCCUCCGAUGCCCUCACAAGGAGGAUUUGGCCAGGCCGGCCAGGAACCUCCUUUCCAGCUUGUUGGAGCGGACUCGCGAGUGGCGCCAAACCCGUAUAAUGAUCCGUAUGCCGGCUCAAGGGUAGAUCCCAGGGAUCAGAGGACUCCCAUUACCACGAUAGCGCCUAGUAGGACUACUUACGCAACCUCAGGACCGCCCAUGCCACAAGGUUACCCGGCUCCGACGUCUGGCGGCGGUUAUUACCCUUCGAACCCUUCGCCCUCAAACCCGCCCUACCCAGCCGCGCAGCCUCAAGACCCUUUCCUCGGACGCGGUGCGUACACUAGUGGUUUCUGAUUUAACCCUCCCCUAUUCCAGUUUCUGAUUGUUUAGCGUCUCCAGCAGGCACGUCCUACAAUCCAGCACAACAAGAUCCACAGUAUGAGUCAACCCCUGCUCCCUCUCGCAACUCAGCCACAUCAUCCAGUACACAACUUACUGGCAGUGGACCGUCGUCGCGACAUCGUGAAAGGGAUAGUGUUGAC